CAAUAAUUGACAUUUUGCCGGGAAACUUUCCUAAGACUUUACUUCUCAGACGUGCGCGAUACAAAAACUCGUGCACAUUUUCGUGUCGAUUUCAAUAUGUGCAGCAACGUUUUUAACCCCGACCAAUUUACACUAAUUGCUUGGUUUUGAAAUCUAGGGCUAUCGCGUAUUAGAUCAUCUGCAGUGCAUUCGAUUGCAUCAAAAAAACACGACGGGAAAAUGUCAUUCAAAUUAAUUAACACAAUAAAAUUUUACAGUAAAUAAAGAGAUGAAAAUAUCGCCAUUGGCAUGGUUGCACAGAGAGUUUUCUUUGCCCCCAUCUUGGACCUCGCAAUUCGUGAUGCAAGGAAAAGAAAAGUUUACCAUUUUCAAGGUAAAAAGGUUUUCUUUUUUUAUUAUCAUCCCUCGUUGAACCCCAGUAUUAUGUGGGAAAAGUACGCUGUUCACAAGGGUUUUGACAUUCCCUCUCAAGCUCGGAGUUACUCGGAUUUUUCAUUACCGAAUUUUCUUCACGACAGUUGCAGCUCCUCAGCAAAAAGUGACCCAAAUUCUGUCUCGGGUCCAAUAGAUUUUCCGGAGUCUGCUACGGCUGCAAAGCUUCCGGGAAAAGCAAGAAAAAGUUCAAGAGAUAGGAGAUUUAAUAUUGUUGCAGACUUUGCCAGCUCAGGAAAAUCAAUGAGACGGAAGCCGAAAACUGAUGAAUUCAGGCAGCACAGAGACUCCCGGAGACCGUUUAUGUAUAGGAGGUUAAAAUUACAGAAAAUGAAGUUGAAGACGACACUGACCAAUAAGAAGCUACAGUGUCACAUUUCUUGUACCACCUCCUUGUAUAGUGUGGUUCGGAGGCCCAAGGGGUCAGAGAGUAGCCCCCAAAAGAAAGAGGGCCACUCUGACGAACGUGGCACAGAGUCAAAAAGUUACAAAGAGAAAGGUGGCCCCAAGAAGAGUAGCCAGGGGUACUCGUACGACAAUAGGAGAAAGACUCGCAGCUCUUCUGAGAGCACUGCGAGUUCCAUGACGGAUGAUGUAGCAAGUUCUAUGACAGAUGAUGCAAUGCCAUCAGACUCGGAGUCUGUUUUAGAGUCUAUUACCUCAUCUUCAUCAGCGGAAGAAAAUCAGGAUAGUCAAGUUGGGAAUAUAGUGUUUGCCAGUUUGAAAGGAAGCGCCAGUAUCUCACGAUGGUGGCCAGCCAUCGUUAUAGAAGGGAAAGAAGUGAAUAAAUCAGAAAAAUCAGGAUUUCUCUGGAUCUUUUGGUUCGGAGAUCACAGAAUAUCUCAGGUUAUGGCCAGUAACAUAGGUGACUUUGCAUCCAACUUUACCAAAUUCGGAUUGUGCAAUAAAGCAGUGAAGAAUUGUCCAAACUUCAUUAAAGGAAUAAAUGAAGCUAUACAGAUCUGUGCUGAAAGAAUCACUCACAACACAGAAGACAUGACUGAGGAGGAACUAUUGGGCUGGGCUAAAGAGGGGUUCCCAAGAGGUCAAGGUCAUUUCUUCCCUGAUCCAGAUGACCCAUUGCCUCAGAUGGUAAAGACCUACCUCACAAAGAUUAAGGAUAAUCUGAAGCUUGUAGAUACAUCCAAGAAAAGAUCUCCAAACAAAAGUGCAGUGAAGGCUUUAAGAGCAGGUGAAAAAGAAUUGUCUGAGAUAUGCCUCUCCUGUGAUGACAUUGAGAAUGUGGAGGUGGAAGAUCAUCCAUUGUUUUUUGGGGGCCUCUGUAAAUCCUGCAAGGAAGAGUGGAAGGAGAGCAUACAUAUCUAUGAUGAUGACCAAACAAACACCUUCUGUGUCAUUUGUUCAACUGGUGGGGAUCUAGUCGUUUGUGAAGACGUCAACUGUGGAAAGUCAUAUUGUGUGGAGUGCAUCAAGAAUUAUCUCAGUGAAGGGCAGCUGAAAAAAAUAAAGGAGAGUCAGGUGUGGAACUGUUUCCUGUGUACAUUGUACAACAAGUCCACCCAUGGCUACCUGAUCCCGAGGCCCAACUGGCGAGACAAGACAGUGCACAUCUUUGACUCGGGAUACAGAACUGACAUGUUGCCUUCAUUUUUCAAAGGUCCCAAACAAGCAGUGAGGGUCCUGUCUCUUUUCGAUGGAAUCUCUACUGGUAAGGUAGUUUUGGACAAUAUUGGUCUUGAUGUGGAAGAAUACUAUGCUAGUGAGAUUGACGAUGACGCCAUCUUGGUCUCUAUGGUGAACCAUAGAGAUUCUGUUCAGCAUCUUGGAGAUGUACGGAGUCUAACCCGUGAAAAGCUAAACAAACUUGGAAGAAUAGAUCUGUUGAUUGGAGGGUCCCCAUGUAAUGAUCUAUCCAUAGUCAACCCAGCUAGAAGAGGUUUGAGUGAGGAGGGGACAGGGCACCUUGUGUUUGAGUUUGGGAGGGUCCUGGAGUACCUGCAAUCUGUGUCCAGGGCCAGGGGCCAGCAUCUGUUCUGGAUGUUUGAGAACGUGGCCUCAAUGAGGGCCGACAUCAGAGACACCAUCAGUGAAUGCUUCAAGUGUCCCCCUGCCCUGUGGGAUGCUAAGUAUGUGUCCCCUGCCUCACGGGCCAGGUACUUUUGGGGAAAUAUCCCUGGCAUGUACAGUACUCCAUUCUUAAAAAAUCCAGACUCCAUCAAAGAUUUCCACUUGAAUGAUGUCCUGUAUUUACAAAACAUUCGAUCAUCAAGGUACAAGACGGUGCGCUGUAUCACUGGGAAGAGGAAUUCUCUCAAGCAGGGGAGAAACGAAGACCAGUUUGUCAUUCUGAUGAACGGAAGAGAGGACAACAUGUGGAUCACUGAAAUAGAGAGAGUCUUUGGGUUUCCAGAGCAUUACACAGACGUAGGGAAUAUGUCGGUCACCGCCCGACACAAGCUGAUUGGCCAGUCUUGGAGCGUCCCAGUGGUGGAAGGCAUCUUGUCCCCACUCAGGAAAUUUUUUCGCACCAAAAAAUGAUCUCAUGUACUUUUAUAUUGUGAUAGGGCAAGAGAUAUUGCAAAUGGUUCAUACUAAGGAAGCCAUGAUAGGAAGGAAAAUAUUUUUAUUUACUUUUUGGAAUUUUUUCUGGAUUUUUCCUUGAUCAAUAUGUGAAUCAUUGUUAAAAUCAAUUUUGUGAAAAUUGUAUACAUUUCUUUAUCAGAUUAGAUUUUUACUUGUGAUUUUCUUUUUUGGCUAUCCAUGAUGUUUUAUUAAUGAAGUUGAAUAAUUUUUAUGAUAUUUGCAGAUUUAUUGCUAUUACUGUUGUUCUUUUUUUAAAAAAAUUCAGUUAUUAAGAAAUUGUUGUUUAAUUGUUAUCAUAUUGUGUGAUUCAUCCCUUUUUGGGAACUAGAUUUUGAUUAAUUGUUUUGAUUGAUGAAUUGAUUAUUUUAAAGAUUUUAAUUGAUUGGAGCUGUUUAAACAAAUUUAUGUGAUUAUAUGAUGUGAUAAGAAAGGCCACGUUACCAUUUGUGAUAUAAUCUUUGUACGAAGUUUAUUCAUUUGCUUGUAUCACCUUUUUGUGCAUACAGUGCUAAUUGUUCCUACUCAUAAAUGGCAUUAGCAGAUGGAAUGAAAAAAUAUACUUGGGGUUUAAAAUGUUUGGUAUUAAAACUUUUGUCAUCUUGUACUUUCAAUUUUUGUAAGUCAAUUUGAAAAAUACACAAAUUUUGAUUUUUA